UUUGUUGUUGAAGGUGGGACCAGCUGAGCAUGCCAGCUUGAGCCUCUUUGUUUCAGCUGACACUACACAGCUCCCAACUUCGGUGGAUUGGAGGAAUAAGAGUGUAUUAACCCCAGUUAAGAAUCAAGGUUCCUGUGGGAGCUGCUGGGCUUUCUCCACGACCGGUGCUCUCGAGGCGCAGUAUGCCAUCGCUACGGGUAAGCUCUUGUCACUCUCCGAGCAGGAGCUUGUGGAUUGCAGUCACAAAUAUGGGAACGACGGUUGCAUCGGAGGCUACAUGGGGGCUGCUUAUGAGUACAUAAACUCAGCUGGCCUCGAUCAAGAGUCAACCUACCCUUAUAAAGGUUGGGACGAGCCAUGUCGCCCCCGUGAGAAAAAGGCUGACGGAAUCCCGGCUGGCGAGGUUACCGGCGUUCACUUGCUAGCUAAGACUGAGCAGAGCUUGAUGAAAGCGCUGGCGGAUGCUCCGGUCUCCGUCGCCAUGUAUGCCUCGGAUCCCAAUUUCCGCUUUUACCGUUCCGGAGUAAUAUUACGGGUUUUAGCAACCUGUAAUGGAGAGACUGAUCACGCUGUUGUGGCGGUUGGAUAUGGCGCCGACAAAGGAUCAGAUUACUUCAUUCUCAAAAAUUCUUGGGGAUCCAAGUGGGGCAUAGGUGGAUACUUCUUUCUGAAGCGAGGAGUUGGCGGUCACGGUGAAUGCAACAUUCUCGAGUAUAUGCUUGUUCCGACGCUCAAGUCUCGCUAG